CGUUAAACGACAAGAUUUGCCGGCUACGAGAGGAGAUUGACGCGUUCAAGAGCGAAAAGGGUGACGAUCUUGUGCGCGACUGCUCGAGGCCGGCGGAAUUUAAUGAUUCGACGAAAAACGCGGGGAGACGUACGAACGCGCGCUGCGAGCCGCAAAGAAAUUUCAAGGGGGACGACGAUUCGCCGGCCGGCACUGAUUUAUCCGCUCGUUUGUCAUUCGCGGAACGUGCGCGGGAAGUAAAAGCGGCGUGCCGCGAGGCGGACGUAUUUAAAGAGGGUUACGGCGAUAAAUCAAUCGGAAAUGAGGAACGGCCGGAUAGCUCGCGAACGUCCAUUUCGGACGUGGGAGCGAGCGAGAACGUAAGAGACCACGGGGAUGAUCGCGCCUCCCACGACAACGGUGAAAAAUCGCGGAAACCCGGCCGGUGUCGCGACACACUCGCGAGCGACGUGCCGAAAAUCAGGAGAAAGAGGAUCUCCAGAGGCGUGCAGUACGACGUGCCCGUCAGACGUGAGAGGAGCGCCGGUAGUUUAUUUCUCAGCUGUUUCCGGCCGAGAACGCGAGGAAAGGUGGAGAAGGCUAGAGUCUCAGCGGAUGAGAGCUCGAGCAAGCGAUCUUGCGAUUCGACGGAGAAAGGGAGGGGACCGACGGGUGAUGCAGAUUUGAAGCAAGAAAGGUUUGAAGGCGACGGGGAAAACAUAAGGAGCGUCGUUGAUGGCGACGGAAAGAGGCGAGAAAAUGGCGGGUCGGAAGAUCGCCAUUCAAGUCGCCUCGGAACGCCGCGUAAAGUAUCGGUGACGCGCGACAACGAUGCGAAAGCGCUUGGAGAGAGGUCGAAUCGAAACAGCGUCGUCAUCGGUUCUUCGGAUAAUCAAGAGCAAAUCGUCGAAACCACUUUCGGGGAUAAGAGGACGAGUAGCGAUCGCGAACGUAACGACGGCUCUCACGGCGAACGAAGCGUAAAAUUUUCGGAUCAUAAAGCGGAGAAUGCGCGUCGGGGAAACGCGGAUUCUGACCGGCGGGAAACCGCAAAUGAGGCGAGGAAGAGAUUGGAUUUCUGCAUCGCCGAGCUGAACGGUAUAAUCCGCGAUGCCUGUGUGAUAUUCGGAAAAAGCCCGUGUGAGGUGAACCGCUGAGAGUGUAGUGCAGUGCAGCACCGAAAUUAGGGGCGACGUAAGCAGAAGUGAGUGAGCGAGAGUCGGUGAAUAUGCACGUUCUGUUUCGAGAGAGUUACGGCAACGAGAAGGAGACGGUUUACAUCAAGUCGGAAGAUGGUUCCAGGGUGAAGAAGGUGAAACCCGAAGCGACCGAGUCGCGUUCUCGCUUCGUGUCCCUUUUGAAGGAGAUAUUCCUCCCACAAGGAUACCCGGACAGCGUGCAUCCCGAUUACACUGCAUAUCAGAUAUGGGACACAGUACAGGCUUUUGCGAGCACCAUAAUGGGCACACUCACAACCCACUCUAUAAUGCAAGGAAUAGGAGUCGGGGAGUCCAGUGCUACACCUUUGGCAGCAGCGAUAACGUGGAUUCUGAAAAGCGGCACCGGCAUGAUCGGGAGCAUAACGUUCGCAUGGUGGAACGGAACUCAACUGGACGGGCAGUGCAAGAAAUGGAGACUGUUUGCGGAUAUCCUGAAUGACGUGGCGAUGGGGGUGGAGCUAAUCGUUCCGUAUUUUUCGUCGUACUCCUUACCGAUUCUGUGCACAUCGACCAUCAUGAAGUCCAUCGUCGGUGUCGCCGGUGGGGCUACAAGGGCAGCAUUGACUCAACACCAGGCAAUACGCAAUAACAUGGCAGACGUUUCGGCGAAGGACGGCAGCCAAGAGACGUGUGUGAAUCUGAUCGCCUCGUUCCUCGGAAUCUUUGUGCUGUCUUUGUUCCACGACGGGCGAUACUUAAUAGAAUUAUAUGUCUUCCUGGUGGCAGUCCAUCUCUAUGCAAAUUAUUCGGCGGUCAAAGCGCUAUGUUUAGAUACGCUGAAUGAAGACCGUCUGGCUUUGAUAAUAAAACACUACAUGAUGAACGAGCGAAUCCCCGAACCGUGGAGGAUCAACAAGGAGGAAUCGGUGUUUCUACUUGGAAGUCCUUCCAGACAGAUGUGCGGCUUCGACAUAAAAAUUGGCGCCUCGUUCGCGAGUGUCCUUGAAAGAAACGUGAUCUCCCCCAUGGAGGUGGAGUUCUUGUUGAAGUUCUUCGAAGACAGAAAUUACUUGGUGGCGAUAGACAUAGAGACCAGGACUGUAUUUGUCGUCCUGAAGAAGGAUGCGAAUCCUGUCCAAGUGCUGGAGGGAUACUUUUACGCUUCCAUGUGUGCCCUUUACAUCUGUAUGGCGAAUAAAAUAUCGCUCGACUUGCUGCUGUAUUCGGAAACGGCCGAGCUAUCGUACCCAUUGUUGAACACGUACGUCCUCCACAAGAAGUUUGCGAAUGCGAGCAACGGUAUACAACUGUCGCUGGCUAUUCAAAGCGUCUGCGCCACGGAUCUGAUCGUUUCUAACGAGUACAAAGCGUUCGUUAACAGCCUGCAGACGAACGGAUGGAUAACCGAAACAAAUUUACUGGCGGUCGGCGCAUGGAGAUUUCGAACCGGCGAACAACGGAAAUAACUGAAAGCGACUGUUUCGUAUUAAAAUAAUGUCCCUCUGUUCCGCGAGGCUGUGAUCGGGAGAUGAUCAUAAUAAUGUAACAGGCAGGAGAAAUAAAUCUUCCACGCUCGAU